ACAAGUACAGCAGGUAAACAGCCAGAAUGUCUCCGGGCAAACCGACUUUGAUUUGUUUUGUAAAGUAAGCAAAAGCGGUUGCCAGCAGUAUCUGUCUUCUAUUUCUGGCCUCCCCCCGCCCCGGGCCCCCCUCUCUAGACUGACGUCAGCAGAAAGUUAUUUUCAUGAAUGGAGGGGGCGGUCACGAGGAAUAGGUGACGUGAGCGCUUGCGGAAGCAGAGCGUGGAAUGUUGGUACAUUGUUGUUGUUUUGUAGUUAAUUCAGUACGAGGAUACACCACUACCCUCCUGCCGCGUCUCGCCGACUGGGUCAACUCACUUCUCCGCUUGGAUAGGAAACUUACUCCGCCACCUUUACGCAUCCCAGUCUACACAUAUCCGCGUUCACAGAGUGCAACUACUGUGAGGUUCUGGUCAGUUUUCUGCAUGCAGGGAAUGACGACUCAUUUCAAGACAAGCAAAGCUUUAAGGGUCAAGAAGGAGACGGGCGAGAAUGCCCCGGCGCUUAGCGACGAUGAGUUGGUGGCCAUGUCAGUGCGGGAGCUAAACCAGCAUCUGCGUGGACUGACGAAGGAAGAUGUCGUCCGGCUGAAGCAGCGGCGACGGACCCUGAAGAACCGAGGCUAUGCAGCCAGCUGUCGCAUCAAGCGUGUCACCCAGAAGGAAGAGCUGGAGAGACAAAAGACAGAGUUGCAGCAGGAGGUGGACAAGCUGGCCAGAGAGAAUGCCAGCAUGAGGUUGGAGCUGGAUGCACUGCGAGCUAAGUACGAGGCCUUGCAGUGUUUCGCCAGGACUGUAACCCGGGGGCCAAUUUCACCCGGCAAAGUGGCCACCACCAGCGUCAUCACCAUUGUCAAGUCCGCUCACCACAACACCAGCCCCACCCCAUUCUCAGCUCCCUCUUAGUGCUGAUAGGACUGGACUUUCCAUUCUUUUGCCUGAUCUUUGCUGGCUCUGACGCAUCCUGUACCCAGUCAUCCUGUACUGAGAGGAUCCUCAGUAGUUUGUUAGACUCAAGGAUUGGGUGCCAAGCUCUGUCACGUAAUGCUGCAUUCACAGUUCUGUCUCCAUUCGCCUGCCUCUUACACAGUCUAUACUGUCUGCACACUGUUCACAACCCCAUCCGACCCCCAGCACCGGCAGGGUAUUGGGCCUCUGUGACCCUACCUCUGUGACUGAUGGUAGAGAUUCAUUACAGUCUGUCUUACUGGUGUAAUACUUGAUGCUGCAGAACAUAAAAUACAAAUGAUUUGACUUUAUGGGAGUAUAGUUAUUUGCUAUUUGUGUAAAUUUACAUAAAAACUGUACAUUUUGAAGCUGUUGCCUUAAAGAUCUAUAAGUAAUCUACAGCUAACAUGCAGCUCAGCACAAUAAGGUGUUAAAUUUCCCAGGAUUAAAGUCUAGAAGUUUCUCAAGAGUUUCCAGUGAUAUAAGAGAUGGAUGAAACUGAAGUUUUCUCAGAUUUUAAUUUGUUCUUGAGCUUGUUUAGCUUAUGCUAAUCCAUAAAAGAAGCUGUUAAGGGGAAAACUGACAACCAUAUAUUUGUGCUUCAUGUUUUGGAAACCUUAGUGUCGGUAACAGUAAUUGGAAAGCAUUGCCAAAUCUAGAGGAUGUCUCCUCCAUGUUUGCUUCAAUUAUGAAACAUACCUAAAGGUUCUGAUUUGUUCGCCAUUUUAGAUUAUUUUGUUAAAAAGGUUAAAAGGUAUUAAAGACAUUGUAAAGUUUGUUUGGGAAGUGUUGGGUGUAAUUCUGAUGGCUAUUUUAUGGCCCCCUGACUUUUUUUGGUAGUAUUAACAGAUUUUAAGCCUUUUCGCAACUCAACUUACAACUAACUUUUUACAUUUGAAUGUGCUUAGAAAGCAGAUUGAGCUAAAUUUGCAUGUAAUAAUAGAGUUUACUUUAUUAUAGCACUUAUAACUGUAACGAUACAGUAUAAAGUAAAUUACAAGAUGCAACAAUGUACCAGAAAUUAUUCUUGUAUUUACUGGGGCUUUAAUGUGUGAUGAUAAUGUGAUGGGAAUAUUUAGUGAAAGUCUAAAGUUAGCAAGGAUGGUAAACUUUGCUGCACUUGCAAUGUUUGGUGGGUAAUCCAUAUUGGAUAUAGUGAUAAUGAAAGUAGUCCUUACAAAAAUCAACUUUCUUCCUGUAUAUUACAGAUUAAAGGUGACAAAUCCUCAGCUAGUUAUGUUGUCACUUACGUUGAUAAACUCCGUCCAGACAUAUAAAAAAAAAAAUCAUUCCUACCGCUGGGUCACAAGAAGUGCUGCUGCCGCCGGUGUUGGUAUUUUUUUAUUUUUUACAAUCAGUAGCUAUUUACUUUGCAUUUGACACACUCUUCUACAAGAGAAACUCCUGACGCCUGUCUUCAUAAAAAACAUAUAUUAAAUGCAGUAAAUGCCUUUCUCUCUACGAACAUCUUGCAUUAUUUAAAUAUAAAGAUGACUUGAAAACAAGCUGUUCCUACAGAGGAUCCAUUCCUAAAUUGGAGUCAAUGCAAUAGAGACUGCUCAUGUCAGGAUUUUUUCUUGUGUAAGAAGACAUGACUGUUCUUCCCCUGUUCAAAAGCUGCAAAGAACAGAAUGGGGAACUAUGCUGCUGUACAACCUGCUGUGAUUUUAUUUUGUUUAAGCAGGGGCAUUGCUGUGUUCUUACUCCUUGAAUUUUCACCCAGUUCUUUUAUGUCCUUUGUUCUUUUUCUGAUAUCAGUUUUAUACAAUACACAUACAAAAUACGUAAAUAUAUAUAUGUAUAUUACUUAUUUUUCUGUCUUUCACUAUACUGGGAGUGGUGUGUCUGUGUAAUCACACUCACUGAAGUUAGUGACAUUGAUGCUGACCGUUUUCAAAUUGUACUCACAUUUACGAGACAACUGUGUUUAUAACUUAAAACUUUUAUGUAUUUAUGCUCGACAAUUAACUGCUUAAGGUUACAUUUAGAUGGCUCAUAUUCUGCAGCCUUGCAAACAGUGAAAAUUGCAGAUAAGUCAAAUAAAAGCUCAUUUAAAACUAUUGGUAAUGUACCAUUGUUAGAGAGAUGUGAAAUGGACCUCACUAGAAUGUGAUCAAACAAUAAACCAAAUUAUAGAGUCCUUCAGUGCAAAUUUUAAAGCACACAUUUACGUUCCCAGAGACAAGUGUUGUGAAAACUUGGAAAAUGAAACUGCAUCGUCAGAGAGUCUUUAAACUUUCAGGUUUAACAUUUCUUAAGAGUUUUUCUAAGUUUUAUGUGUAAACCUGGUGCAGACCCCACGGGUUUUAAAGUGUACUCCAUGAUGGUAAUGCUUUUAGUGCUUUAUGUAUUCAGCACUGUUAACCCAGACCUGUUAAUGUGAUGGUGUGUUUCAGUCCUAAAGCCAAAACCAAUAUUGUUCUGUUUGCAUAGGUCAAUUUUUACAUAUUCAUGACAAAUAAAUUGCAAAGCAUUAUGCUGACCUCUAGUGGUAAAUCUUCAAAACUAUUUAUACACACUUGAACACUGAAUCUGAGACUGGGGUGAUUGAUUUUGAGCACACCUUAAUAUUAUACGUCUUGUGUCCUAUUUUCCCACGUAAAAUCAAAAAUGCCUUAGUCAAAUAAGAGACAAACCUUUCUCUGAAUCACAGUGAUUGUGAAUUAAAUACACAAUCACUGUAUCCAGGCCAAGAUACAUGAUGGUCUUUUCUUUUAUGCAAAUCAGUAGAAAAAGUUUUUCCAUUUAAAUUGAACGGAUGUAAGACAAAAAUCUAGAAGGAUUUAUUUGUGAGACGAGGCACAGCUAUCUUCCUGCCAUAGAUGUUUACUGAACUUAGUCCAGACAUUUUUCUUUCCUCUUACAGAUUGUGAAUAUAUUUGGCAACAUCCAGAAGUUAAGUUACCUUCCGCCCAAUACUUUUAUAUGAAUUGUACAUAUAUAUAGAAAUAUAAAUAAAACUUGGAUUUUGAUGAAAAUGUAAGAACUUUUAUAGAUUUUUUUUUAACAUGUCUGAUUAAAUAAGCUUUUAACACCAGCUUUGCCAGUCUACAAGCUACUGUUUAAAUUCAGCCAUGUAGAGAAUAUGCUAGAAUACAGAAAGGAUGACAAAAAUCAAAUAUGGUUUUAGUAACUGCAGCAAAUUAGAUUGAAAAAUAAGAGUUUUUUGUAGUCUCACAGCAAAGAUUUCAGGCCAACUAGUUGCCAUCAAUGCUAACCUUGAACGAGGACAGUAAAUGGUAGCAUAACAGUUAUUUACCCUUUAAACUUGUCAGUCUGCUCACAUGUUUUGUAUUUAUUUCAUUGAUUUGUGUAAUUGUAUAAAAGAAGAACAGCUAAAUUAUUUUUAUUUUGCAUUUAUUUACAUGUUUUCUCAAUGAACUACCCUUGUGUACAAAUAAAACAUUUUUUUCUGCCCUGAUAGAAAAGAAAAUAUGGUCAAUUAUUCGUUUUAAUAGUAUUGUUGUGUUUUUAUACCUCGAAAUAAAAUUUUCCUCAUCAAAAUGUUCAGUUUUUGUUGCAUUAAAGUUUUAAAAAAGUCAAAUUUAAAGCUAAUUUAGAACUACUUUGUACAUUUAUAAUAAUAAAUGCCUUCCCAGAAAAACAAAAAAAAAA